AGUUUGUUCUUUGCCCAUGAGUAAUUGUGUUGUAUAUCAUUCAUGGACUUCAUGGCUUCAUGGAUUAGUGUUUGUUAUUGAUGUCACUAGAUUGCUCUUUCGUUGACCGUUCGUUGACAGACGGAUUAUGUCGAGGUCGUCGAGGUGUAUGUUGAGAAAAGCAACUAUUGAUGUACAUGCAGUGUAUAUAUUGUGGGAAUUUUAACCGUUGUCCGAAAAGGGGAAGUGGUUUCAUUGAUGCUCAAUGUAAAAUUAUUAAUCUACACAUUUCUCAAAUGAUAUUUAAACAGUUAUUAAGUUAUAAAUCGAAAAUUUGCCAAGAAUGCAUGAUGCAUAUGAGCUCGCCCAGUUGCUUAAGUUAACAGUUCAAAUAGAAUCUAUUGCGGCGUAUGAUGAUAAUUUGUUGGUUGGGACACGUCAGGGACACUUAUUAAUGUUCAGUGUUGCUUGUCGAUAUGGAGAUCAGAAGCCUGAAGUACAACUGCUACGUUAUAAUAAAAAUUUUAGCAAGAAACCAAUACAGCAGAUGGCUGUUGUUCCCGAAUACCAGUUGCUUAUUAGUUUGUCAGACAAUGUUAUAUGUGUGCAUGACAUGACAGUAAUCAACUUCCCAACAGUCACAAUAAUUCAUCGAACAAGGGGUGCAACGUUGUUUACCUUGGACACCAAGAAACACACUUCACUGACAGGAGAGACUUCUGUGCUCGUGCGAAUGUGUGUGGCUGUGAAACGUAAACUUCAGCUCUUCUACUGGAAGAACAGUGGUUUCUUGGACCUGCAUGAAGAUCUUAUUGUAGCAGAUGUUCCUCGUGCUCUUGCUUGGUGCCAGGAAACCAUCUGUGUUGGCUUCAAGGGUGACUAUUGCUUGAUGCAGCUUUCUGGGGAGAAGCAUGACCUAUUUCCAAUAGGCAAGCACCCAGAACCCAUCAUCACUAAGCUGUCUGAUAACACAUUUGCACUUGGGAGAGAUACUCAGUCCAUAUUCAUGAACACUAAAGGUGACCCAACACAGAAAUAUGCUGUCAGGUGGUCAGAGGUACCUCUUGCUGUUGGAUAUGAUGAGCCAUAUUUAUUGGCUUUGCUGACUGACUGCAUUGAGAUCCGGACAGUAGAACCCUGCCUGUUCAUUCAGUCAAUGACAGUUCCAAAGCCGAGGCUAGUUGUCCGCUGUCGUCAGGGUCUGGUAUAUGUUGCAUCAGUUGAUCAUGUAUGGCGUCUGCAGGCAGUUCCGCUCGCACGACAGAUUCAUGUUCUCCUUGAAGACAAGCAAUUUCAGCUUGCACUAAAACUUACAAACAUAUCAGAUGAGUCAGAUGAGGAGAAGUCUAAGAAUAUCUACCAGAUCCAGACCCUGUAUGCAUUUGACCUGUUCAACAACAAACAGUUCCAUGAAUCCAUGAAAGAGUUCUUGAAACUUGGAACAGACCCAUAUGAAGUGAUCAGACUCUUUCCAGAACUGCUGCCACAGCAGUCUCGUGGACACCAAGAGCCAGAUCAGCACCCCAGAUUGCAGGACCGGGACUUGGAAAGUGGUUUGCUGGCCCUUAUUGAAUUUCUCACUGAGGUACGACACAAACUCAUGGGAGAUACCAAGACGAACACAGAAAAUGAGCAGCAGAAUAAUAUCAACCACAAGUCGACACAGCAGCUACUACAAAUUAUAGAUACGACUCUUCUCAAAUGCUAUCUGCAGACAAAUGAUGCACUAGUGGCUCCUUUGUUGAGGCUAAACCACUGUCACCUUGGGGAGACAGAGAAGACGCUGAAGAAGCAUCAGAAGUUUAGUGAACUUAUCAUUCUCUACCAAACCAAGGGGCUGCAUCGGAAGGCUUUAGAGCUACUCCAGAAGCAGGCAGACCAACCCGACUCCUCUCUCCAUGGAUAUGAGCGCACUCUGCAUUACCUCCAGCAUCUUGGCAAGGACCACAUCAAUCUGAUGCUGGACUUCGCUGGUUGGGUUUUGGACGCUAACCCCGAGGAGGGUCUCAAGAUGUUCACAGAGGAUAUUGCUGAAGUGGAGCAACUGCCACGUCCAAAAGUGCUGGAUUACCUGCUGCGUACUCAUAAGGAUCAAGUCAUCCCAUACCUGGAACAUAUAAUACAUGUAUGGGAAGAUUCAAACCCCAUCUUUCAUAAUGCUCUUGUGCAUCAGUAUCAGGAACGUAGUCAGCAGCUCCAUGCAGCAUCACCUGAAGAGGCACAAAAGAUACGUAACAAAUUACUGCACUUUCUAGAGACAUCAUCACAUUACACUCCAGAGACAGUGCUUGUGCACUUUCCAUAUGACUGUUUAUUUGAAGAAAGAGCCAUUGUGCUAGGGAAGCUUGGUCGACAUGAGCAUGCUCUAGCCAUAUAUAUGAGCAUCUUGGGAGAUGUGCCACGUGCCAUACAAUACUGUGAUAAGGUUUACAACCAAGGCUCAGCAGGCUAUGAUGAGGUCUAUGUACUUUUGAUGAAGAUGUUAAUAACCCCACCAGACAGCAGCUGGCUUGUAAUGGGAGCCCCCUCUUCCACAUUGUCUUGUCCACCAACAUCAGAUCUCGAGACUGCACUCGCUCUCCUUGAACAACAUGCCAGCAAGAUUCACCCAAUGAAAGCUCUCAGUGUUCUGCCUGACAAGGUACCAUUGGGGCGAAUUAGGCAGUUCCUAGAGGUUAGCCUGCAGAACAAGCUCAAUGAGCGCAGGAGGUCCCAGGUGCUGAAAGGACUGAUAUAUGCGGAACACUUGCAGGUGCAAGAGCUCAGAAUGAUUUACGAGUCUCAGAGCAUCCUCAUGACCGAAUUCAACGUAUGCCCAGUAUGUAAGAAGAGAUUUGGAAACCAGAGUGCUUUUGCUCGCUAUCCUAAUGGAGACAUUGUGCAUUAUUCUUGUCAAGACAGAAGGUCAUAGCUUUGUAUUUGCUUUUGCUAAAUUUACCAAAGAGACUCAGAACAAGUGAAUUAAUUGAAUAGUUUUAGUGUACCAAGUGUAUCAUUAAAGGUAUCAGCAUGGAAAUGGCAAUACAGGUAUUCCAUUUUGAUACACCUGAAUGGAAAUUGGUAAGGCAUAUUAUGUGCAGUAUGGUAUGAACAUCCGACUGUUCAGAGUGGAAUAUAAACAAGAAACAUUUGUGAUACUGUGGGUAAUCACCAUAAGAAUGUAGCGACUAAUAACAGUUCUUUGAAAGAAAAUACUGUAACUGCUUUACAGAGUUUGUUUUAGAAUGUGGUUCUGCUUUUAUGUAGUAUGUUGUAUAGUCAUGGGAGAAAGAAGUGGACACCUUUGACAUAUUCUGACAACAAGAGAGUCAGCCACAUUUUCAAAUACAGUCUUACCAAAUACAUAACCAGAUACUCCUUUCCCUUCAGAGAACUUUGACAGAAUAAACCAAAUUAUGAUCAGAUACUUUCUACCCUCCUCCCAGAAAUAAAUUUGCAUAUAUUGCUUGCAAAUACCAUAAAAAGUGGAGUAUAAUAGACUUGUCCAUCUGUUUAUAGAUUUUGUAACAUAACCAUUCAUUGUUAAAUAUAUAAUAUGGUGUGCCAGUAUUGACUUACUCAAAUAUAUUCACAGGAAAUUUACUUAUAGUAAGGUAAAGUUGUCCCUAUACUUAACUAAUUAAGCACCACACCAUGAAGAUGUAUGGGGGCAUGGAUGUUU